AUUUGACCGACUAUUCGCACAUUGAACCAUGGAGGGCGCGAGCGUCAACAUUGGCAACUACAAGGGCGUCAUGCUCUGCAACCGGCCCUUCAACAGCGUGAGCUCCACGCAAAAGGAGGUCGCCGCCGUCGACAAGAAAGGUCCGUUCCUCGGUGGCAUCCAGCCCGCGCCCAUCGGCACCAACGUCCCCAUCUUCCACGAGCCACCGCAUGCGGUGAAGCGCGAUAAGAAGAACACGGCGCUCUCCAAGCACAAGAAAUGGCUCCACGACCUCCAGAAGGAGCGCGACCGGCUCGAGUCGGCGCUGCUCGAGGACGAAGCCGCCAAAGACUCCCGCAAGGACAAGUUUGCCAAGCGCGAAGCCGAUCUGCGCGCCAAGAUCCGCCAGCGACCCCAAGACGACGAUGAAAAGGGCGUCUUGGCCUCGCGGCCAGCGUGGGCGUUGACCAAGGACAAGGCCGAGAGCAAGCGCGACCAGCAGGAUGAAGACAGCGUCGACGACCUCUUAGCGUUUGCCAACAACCUCGACAUUGACACCUUCCUGGGUGACGUGGAGCUCAAGGCCCAAGUCGCCCAGGUCGACGAGCAGCUCGCGCAGCUCCAGGAGCUCGUCAACCAAGAAGAGGCCGACGAGAAGAAGGGCGAAGUCCGCGAGCGGCUCCAGCAAGAGAGCCUGGAGCGGCAGUACCUCAACGCGGCGACGCUCGCGCGGCUAAGCGCCCGCGACGCCAAGGACAACGACGACGACGAUGACUCGAAGAGCGUGGCAUCGACGGUCCUCUCGGAAUGCAAAUCGAUCCGGUCCGUGCACUCGACCAAGUCGGUGCUCGCGCUCACCAAGCGUGCGGAGCAAAAGCUGUCGCUCGACUCGAUUCCCGAGCCGCACGUUGUGACACACGACGAAGAGAGCGGGACGCGGCUCCUCAACAAGCACCUCACGAGCAACCUCCCGUACAUGCACCGCAACCCCGCCGUAUGAUCAACUAACAAACUAACUCGUUUCCAUACGAUUUACACCACUCGAAACGAAA